AUGCCCAACCUCAAGGAUGAGCUGCAUAGCUCCGGGUGGAGCGCUGGAAACGUCUGCUUUGAGGACUGCACAAGGGGAAGGAGGAAGCUCGUUCUUCCCUCUCUGAUUUCUUCCCGUGUUUACGUGGUGGAUGUGGGGACACAGUGCCGUGCUCCCAGACUGUGCAAGAUGAUUGAGCCAGUGGAUAUCUUCUGGAAGUGUGACAAGGGACACCUGAAUGUACCUCACGCCCUGCCUAAUGGUGAUGUUCUGAUUGCCAACAUGGGAGAUCCAGCUGGCAAUGGAAAAGGUGGUUUUAUUGUCCUGGAUGGAGAGAGCUUUGAGCUUAAAGGGAACUGGGAGAAGAGCUGUGAAGUCCCUGCAACUGGACAUGACUUCUGGUUCCAGCCACGCCAUAAUGUUCUGGUCAGCUCUGCCGGAUUAGUCCUCAAACGGGCAGGACCUGCAUUUAAUCCAGAUGAUCUCCAUAAAGGGGUAUUCGGGCGCCACCUGAACGUGUGGGACUUGUCCUGCCGAACCCUCAUCCAGAGCUUCGACCUGGGGGAGGAUUCUCUGCCCUUCAGUGUUCGAUUCCUGCACAACCCUGAUGCCGCCGAGGGCUACGUCAGCUGUGCCCUGAGUGGAGUUAUCUAUCGCUUCUUCAAGAACGAGAGAGGCUGCUGGGCAGUGGAGGAGGUGAUUAGGAUCCCACCAAAGAAGGUGAGAGGAUGGAUUCUCCCGGAGAUGCCAGCUUUCCCAGCCCACAUCAUCAUCUCGAGGGAUGACCGGUUCCUGUAUGUCAGCAACUGGCUGCAUGGGGACAUUCGCCAGUACGACAUCUCCUGCACCUCCAAGCCCAGGCUGGUGGGACAGGUGUUUGUGGGGGGCAGUAUCCUCCGAGGUGGGCCUGUAACAGUGUGCAGAGAUGAAGAGCUGAAGUGUCAGCCCGAGCCCUUGGUGAUCAAGGGCAGGACUGUGCACGGCGGUCCUUACAAAAUGCAGCUGAGCCUGGAUGGCAGGAGGCUCUACGUCACCAACUCCUUCUGCAGCUCAUGGGACAAGCAGCUCUACCCGGAUUUGAUCAGGUAA